GCCCGCUCCCCAAAUACACCUUGGCGGCGCCGGGGAGCGGCAGCGGCGCCUGCCCAGAGCCCCUCGGCGGGGCUGCGGCCGCGGGCACCCCGCGCCAUGGGGCACAAGUUUUUUCCUGUGGUGAUUUAUAGCUACCAAUAACCUUCCACAGUGGUUGCCGUAUCAACCUAUUAUUCUGGCAUCUUCUGCUCUUGUUAGUAAACAGAAGAGAACUAUUAAACACAAAGCCAAGUACUCCUAAUCUCAAGAGAGAGACUUCGUACAGUAUGUUCUGUACAAAACUGAAAGACUUGAAGAUCACAGGAGAAUGUCCUUUCUCCUUACUGACUCAAGGUCACAUUACUGAGGAACAUGACAAGGACUGCACAGAAAACAGCUCUAGAGCAGCUUUGCCCAUCUGCAAAGAAGUCCAUGAAAAAGAUGGUCAAGGGAACCUUCCACAACGGAAAACAAGCAGAAGUAGAGUGUACCUGCACACACUAACUGAAAGCAUCUGCAAACUAAUCUUUCCUGAGUUUGAAAGGCUAAAUCUUGCACUGCAGAGAACACUAGCAAAACACAGAAUAAAAGAAACCAGAAAAACUGCUGAUAGAGAAGAUUUUGAAAAAAUAAUCAGUGAUCACGCUAAUGCAGCAGGUGUUCCCGUGGAAUCUCUACGGGAAUCUCUUGGUGAAGAGCUAUUCAAAAUAUGCUAUGAAGAGGAUGAACACAUAUUAGGGGUUAUUGGAGGGACCCUUAAGGACUUCUUGAAUAGUUUCACUACUCUGCUGAAGCAGAGUGGCCACAGCCAAGAAGCAGGAAAAAAGGACAGACUUGAAGAUGCCUCCAUAUUAUGCCUGGAGAAAGAUCAGGACUUCUUAAAUGUUUAUUAUUUCUUUCCUAAGAAAAUCACAAGUCUUAUUCUACCUGGUAUCAUUAAAGCAGCAGCUCAUAUUUUGUAUGAAACUGAGGUGGAAGUGAUGCUCAUGCCUCCUUGUUUCCAUAACGACUGCACUGAGUUUGCUAAUCAGCCUUAUUUGCUGUAUUCUAUACAAGUCAAAAGUGCAAAACCGUCCUUAUCUCCAUGUAAACCACAGUCUUCACUUGUGAUUCCUGCCUCUAUGUUCUGUAAGACUUUCCCAUUUCAUUUUAUGUUUGACAAGGAUAUGUCAGUUCUUCAAAUUGGAAAUGGGAUAAGAAGACUUUUGACCAGGAGAGAAUUUCAAGCUAAGCCCAAUUUUGAAGAGUAUUUCGAAAUUCUUACCCCCAAAGUAAGCUGCACUUUUAGUGCAAUAAUGACAAUGCUAAAUAUGCAGUUUACUGUACGAGUUAGAAGAUGGGAUAAUACUGAUAUGAAACCGUCCAUGGUAAUGGACCUUAAAGGCCAAAUGAUCUAUAUUUUUGAAUCCAGUGCCAUUCUAUUCUUGGGAUCUCCCUGUGUGGAUAGACUAGAAGAUUUUACAGGACGUGGAUUGUACCUCUCUGAUAUUCCCAUUCACAAUGCUUUAAGAGAUGUUGUUCUGAUAGGAGAGCAGGCUAGAGCCCAGGAUGGACUGAAGAAGAGGUUAGGAAAGCUAAAAGCAACCCUUGAGCAGGCUCAUCAAGCACUUGAAGAAGAGAAGAAGAAGACUGUAGAUCUUCUGUUUUCAAUUUUUCCUGGAGAGGUUGCUCAGCAGCUGUGGCAGGGACAAGUUGUACAAGCCAAGAAAUUUAAUAAUGUCACAAUGCUUUUUUCUGACAUUGUUGGGUUCACUGCCAUCUGUUCCCAAUGCUCACCUAUGCAGGUUAUCACCAUGCUUAAUGAGCUUUAUACUCGCUUUGAUUACCAAUGUGGAGAACUAGAUGUCUACAAGGUUGAGACUAUUGGAGAUGCCUACUGUGUUGCUGGAGGCUUACACAAAGAAAGUGAAACACAUGCUGUUCAGAUAGCACUGAUGGCCCUUAAGAUGAUGGAACUGUCAGACGAGGUGGUGUCUCCCCAUGGAGAGCCUAUCAAGAUGCGUAUUGGCCUUCAUUCUGGAUCCGUCUUUGCUGGAGUUGUUGGGGUUAAAAUGCCUCGUUAUUGCCUUUUUGGAAAUAAUGUAACCCUUGCCAAUAAGUUUGAGUCUUGCAGUAUACCUAGAAAAAUAAAUGUCAGCCCAACAACUUACAGGUUGUUAAAGGAAUACCCAGGUUUUGUGUUCACACCACGCUCAAGAGAGGAGCUUCCACCAAAUUUUCCCAGUGAUAUCCCUGGAAUUUGCUAUUUUCUGGAUGCUUAUAUUCAAGGAACAAACUCACAGACUUGGUUUCAAAAGCGAGAUUUGGGAGAUGGCAAUGCAAAUUUUUUCGGUGAGGAAACAGGAAUAGACUAAAUUGUUCAUUCACAAAUGUAUAGAAUAAAUUUAUAAAUAUUUGGAAUUUUUUUUUGUAUAAAUUGAAAAUUUUUAAAACUGUAUGAAACAUGAAAGCACUUUAGAUUGUUAACACCUGAAAGCCAGUAUUAAAAUUUCAGGAAGUAUGUCACUGACUACUUUUUAUUUUUCCUUUGCAUAAGGAACAUAGUCGCUAAAGUAAUGUUGCAAUGUCACUGUUGGAAAUGCUACUAUAAACUGUAUUUUCCCUGUGGUAAUUUGUAAGUGCUACAGUUCUCUCUAUACUGAGAAUUCUAGAGGUAUUGUAUAUGCAGUUUGUCAGGAAAUGUAAUGUGCAAGUGAUGCAGUGUUGUGAGCUGGUGCUUAUCAAUGACUAUAAAAAUUUUCUUAGAGAUUCCAUAAGAAAAUGUCCAUUAAAAUAUUGUCAUUGCCAUCACAUACUCCUUCCAGUGCAUCAUUUGGGCCCCGUCCUAGAAGCUGCUGACCAUCUUCUCACAUUGACUGGUCAAAAUAUGAGGGUGCUCAGCAUUUUCUGGAUCAGGCUGCUGAUUGUAGCUGAUACACAUGCAUAGCAGAGUUGCUGCUUACUGUUUCAUGAACGUUGUGUAUAAAAUGAAUAUAGAUUAAAACACUGUAUAAUCACAUACUAAUAUCUCUGUAAUCAUCAAACUAUUUUAGUUCUAAGGGUUUUUAAAAUACUUAAAAAUAAUAAUAUCCACUUGUUAUUAUGUAUUACAGCAAUAAAUGUUUUCUUUUUGUUGUCAUUUAAAUUUGAAAUGUUUUAACAGAACUGUAAUAAAAUAUGCUUUGGAAUGUUUGCUUAGAAAUGAAA